AUGCUUAGUCGAUUAGGGUUUGGUACAGGUAUAAGAUCCAUUUAUAAUGUUCUGGACAAUCCAUCCUUUGUUUCGGAACCAUGGGCCAUUUAUCCAGCUAAACACAAAAGUAAUGGAAAACUAGUAUCAGUGUUUAUUUUUGACAAAUCAAAGUUUGAAGGACAGAUUAGUAGGUUAUACUCGUCUUCAUCUUCACAUGCAAAGAACCCAAAAGUUGUCAUUAGUGAAUGUUAUGAACUUAUCAAAUUUGAAGUUAAUCAGUUAAGUAAAUUAAAACAUCCACAGUUGUUACAAAUAUUUGAAGUAUUAGAAGAAACGAAAACAAAGUUUUUAUUUGCCAGUGAACCAGUUACUGACAAUUUAUUGACUAUUAACCCAAAAGAGUUGGACAGUUUAUCAAUACAAAAAGGGUUGUUGCAAAUUGCCAAGGGCUUACAAUUUUUGCAUAGUUAUGGAUCAAUAAUACAUUUAAAUUUACAACCAUCGUCUGUGUUUGUUAAUAAUCAAGGAGAUUGGAAACUCGGUGGAUUUAAAUUUUUACAAAAUCUCAAUGAAAUAUCCCCACUGGAACGUGAAAAUUUCUACAUUAUGAAUAAUUCAUCUGUGGUUCCAUUUGCCAAUUUGAAUUUGAAUUUCACUGCCCCAGAGUUGAUAGUUGAUUCGCAUACUAAAUUGGAUUUUGCUAAUGAUAUAUGGUCAUUAGGUCAAAUGAUUUUUUAUUUAUAUAAUAAUGAGACAUUGAUAAAUUGUUUUGAUUCCAAUAGUAUAUCUGAUUACAAGCAAGAAUUUAGGAAAUUUGAACAAAAGUUUUACAACCAUAAACCAAGUGAAUUGAAAUAUGUUUUGAAAGAUGUGCCUUCCAAGUUGUAUCCUAUUUUCCCACAAUUAUUAGCAAGGUAUCCACAUGAUAGACUUACAUUAGAUCAAUUUAUGGAUUCUGAAUUCUUCAAUGGAGGUAUUAUUAAAGCGAUGUGGUUUAUUGAUGAGUUUUCCACUAAAUCAUUGGAUGAAAAAUUGGUGUUUUUGAAAGGGUUAUUGGACGUUGAUCCAAGUACAAAUUCAAGUUUAAUUGCUGAGUUCCCACCUUCAUUCAAAUCACUGAAAUUACUACCAUUAUUGAUUGAUUUGUUGACAAAUGAAUUAAAUGUCUUGACUGAUAUUCCUGAUUCACAAACUGAUGAAUUGAUCUCAUAUGCAUUAUCUAUUGUAUUAAGGAUUUCUGAAACCUUGUCCAAUUUGACUUUCCAAGAUAAGGUUGCUGAUGUGUUGUUCAAGGACAAUUCCAAGAAUAAAAAAGCACCAAAUACGUUUACCAAAUUGAUUAAUUGUUCUGUUAGAACCAGAUUAACUUUAGUUGAGAAUUUGAAAAUCAUUGAGGAGAAAUCUAAAGAUAAACAAUUUGUGAGUUUUUUCAAGGCUAUAAUUGAUUUAGUAUUGACCGUUUCAUCAAAGGAAAAAGACAAAGUUGAAACUCAAAUCCAGCUUCAAGAGAGUUUUUUGAAAUUUGUACCUCAUAUUGUCGAUAAACUUGAUUUUCCGUAUAUUAAAAACACAUUGAUGCCAUUGUUGGCACAAGUUUUCAAGACCACGACUAUACUUUCAACCAAAUUGGCAACGAUAGAUACAUUCGAGAGCUUGGUAGAUAAGAAGAUUAUUGACAAGAUCAUUGCUAAUGAACAAUUGUUCCCAAUUAUGAAGAAUUUGAAAAGUAGGGAUAAACGAGUAGUUGGUAAAGUUUUGAGUUUCUUUGCUAAACUUGUAACCAGUGAGCAUGUCAAUUUGGAAUUGGAAGCCACUAUUGAGUCGGUAAUUCCCCAAUGUUAUAGUCUUGCAUUUGGAUGUAAUGAUUGUAGCAAGCUGGAGUUCAAUGCAUUUAUAAGAAUCAUCAAUUCGAUUCAGAAACAUUUAGUUGAUAAGAAAUUGGCAACAUUGCCUCAGACAGUAUCUUCAAACGGAAGUACAAGUCAUGGAAGUUUUGAUCAUGGUAAACAAACAUUUGAUUCAUUAUUGCAAACUCAAACCAUUCGUCAAUCUACCGAUGAAACUUUUGCACCUAAAUCAAAAAUCAUGCAACCAACAAAGAAAUCGAAUCCAAGUUCUCCAGUUUCUUCCACUGCAUCAAAGCAUAUUUCACCACCACCAUCAUCAUUAUCAAAGCCAAAUUCAAGUGAACCGAUUACAUUAAGACCAAGACCUAAAAAGACCACACCCCAUACAAACAAUUUAAGUUUUGGAGCAACCAAUGCCGCCACGAAUGCUACUAAUAGUAGACUUUUGAAUACAUUGAAUAGUACAUUUGACAAGAAGAAGGCUUCACCAGCAGUAGAUAAUGAUGAAGAUGAAGAUUUUGAUGAUUUCCAACUGGCAAAAUCCAUCAAGUUACCAAAAAGAAAACAUAUUAAUUGGGGUACUGAAGUGGAUAAAAUGAAAACAUUACCAAAUACACCAAUUACUCAAGACGCUCCAGCUACUAAGCCUGUUCCACAAAUUCAACCACAACCAGCAGUUAAUUACCCACCUGGGUUUAAUUCAAAUAUGGUUUUGUCACCAAAAACAUCAACUACAACCACCAGAACGACCACACCAACAUCAUCAGGUAUGGGUCAAUCAGCCAGUACUAGCAACACCACAAAUCAAGAUUUAUUAGAUUUGCUAUAA